CGUUAUCAGCAAGCUUUUUCUUUCACAACCACCACCACACUUGUACCUAUUUUAAUAGUAAUUAUAACACACAACAGAGACAAAGAGAAAGAGAGAGAGAGAGAGAUCUCAAAAUAUCUGUGCAGGCAGAAAUGGAGUCGGAAAAGAAUGCGUACAGAGCACAUUGUUUGGCCUUGACCUAUCCAACCCAAGGCCACAUUAAUCCUCUCCUCGAAUUCUCCAAGCGUUUGGAGCACAAAGGAGUAAAAGUUACUCUGGUUACCACCCACUUCAUCUCCAAGACCAUUCACAAAGAAGCCACCACCUCCAUUGCCCUCGAAACCAUCUCUGACGGCUAUGAUGAAGGCGGGAGAGCGCAAGCAGAGAGUAUCAAAGCCUAUUUGGAGAGCCUUCGGCGAAUCGGGUCGCAAACUCUGGGUGAGCUCCUUGAGAAACUCUCAACCUCAGGCUGCCCUGUCGAUUGUAUUGUUUACGAUGCUUUCUUGCCUUGGGCUCUAGAUGUUGCUAAAAAGUUUGGGUUACUCGGAGCUGCAAUUUUCACUCAAUCUUGUGUUGUUGAUAAUAUAUUCUACCAUGUACACAAAGGGGUGCUGAAAGUCCCUUUUUCGGAGGCUGAAGUUUUGCUUCCCGGGUCGCCAGCACUUGGACCUCAGGAUAUGCCGUUUUUCGGAUCUUACCCGGCUUUUUUUGACAUGAUUGUGGAUCAAUUCUCCAACAUUGAUAAAGCUGACUGGGUUUUUGUCAACACUUUUUAUGAGUUGGAGCAAAAGGUGGUGGAUUGGAUGGCAAAGAUAUGGCCGUUGAGAACAAUAGGGCCAACUAUACCGUCAAUGUUCCUAGACAAGCGACUUGAAGAUGACAAAAACUAUGGUUUUGACAUCUUCAAGCCAAACACCGAUGCCUGCAUGAAAUUGUUAAAUGGACAGCCAAAGGGCUCGGUUGUUUAUGUUUCGUUCGGGAGUGUGGCUCCUAUUGAAGUUGAACAAAUGGAAGAAAUAGCUUGGGGAUUGAGAAUGAGCAAUAGAUGCUUCUUGUGGGUUGUAAGGGAAUCGGAGGAGGUAAAGCUCCCCAAAAACUUCGUGGAGGAGACGUCUGAGAAGGGAUUGGUGGUUCAUUGGUGUCCUCAACUAGAGGUCUUGGCUCACGAGGCAGUAGGAUGCUUUGUGACACAUUGUGGGUGGAACUCUACUUUGGAAGCCCUUAGCUUCGGGGUGCCGAUGGUUGGAGUCCCAUAUUGGUCCGACCAGAACACGAAUGCAAAGUAUAUUAUGGAUGUUUGGAAGAUGGGAUUGAAAGCUCCGGCUGAUGAGGAAGGAAUAGCCCGGCGAGAAGUAGUAGAACAUUGCAUCAGGGAAAUAAUGGAGGGAGAUAGAGGGAAAGAGAUAAAGAAAAAUGCCUUUAAGUGGAGGAAGUUGGCCAAAGAGGCUGUUGACGAGGGUGGAAGUUCUGAUAAAAACAUUGAAGAAUUUGUCGCUAAAUUGGUCCAAUACUCUUAAUUCCUAGACAGAAAUUCAUGUCUGUUUCCAAAGUUGCAGCUGUCUUCGUCCAGUCUGAAUUGUUAUGUAAUAAAUUGAUCUUGUAAUGUGCCAUUAUGUAAUGACUCUGCAAUGAA